UAAACAUAACUGUAAUCCAAAAGACGUACACGUCUCACCAGUCACCUCUCAUAUUGUGCACAUUUUGUGUAGUAACUAGUAAACUAUUAUAGCCUAUGAACGUUUUUUAAAUUACAGUACAAAACUACAUAAAUUCGAUCCACCUACAAACGUUUGCGUCUUGAGUUAUUUUUGCAAAAAUGGUAAAAAAGGAGAAAUUUGAACCUUUGUUCACCAAAGAAGAAGAACAAUUGUUGUCCGAUUUUAGCAGAAAUGUUACCACUAAGUCUUUAGCACUGUUCUAUGGAAGCGCUUUCAUGGUCUCUGCUUUGCCAAUAUGGCUCUAUUGGAGAAUACACAUGAUUGAAAUGAUGCCAGCCCUUGUUUGGUUCAUUCUUGUCACUUUAGGUAGCACGUACCUUAUUUCUUUCGCCUAUAAAAAUACUAAAUUCAUACUGAAACAUAAGAUCGCAAUCAAAAGAGAAGAAGCAGUGACCAGGGAAAUCGCUAGAAAAUAUGCUGAUGACAAAAAAAUUAGCAAGAAAGAAAAGGACGAAAAAGCUUUAUUCCAAAAAAAUGAUGUAGCAGAUUAUGAAGCAACAGCAUUUUCAAUUUUCUACAACAACGCAUUAUUUUUGGUGAUUGUAGUCUUGCUCAGUUUCUACCUUCUGAAGGGAUUCUCAACAACAGCGAAUUACAUAUUUUCUGUUGGAAUUGCAAGUGGAUUAAUUGCAUUGUUUUCAACCGGAACUCAGUAAACAUUUUUUAUGGACUGCCACUUUAACAUCGCAGAAUCCAAGUUCUAUGAACUUACGAUGUUAUACAGAAAGAAGUAUAUGGACUAAAAAAAAUUGUGUAUACAAUUUGUAUAAAUAAAAUAUAUUAGAUCCUAAUGUAUAAAAAAAAAAUGUAUUAUUUUUUUUUUACUAUUGUUUAAAAAAGUUAUUUACUUAAAACAUCUAUUGCAAGAGUUGAAUCACUGCACUCUCUGCUUGCUAACAAUAAUUGUUAAGUAUAAUAUUUGUUCAUUUUUAUUUUUUUUUUUUAAGAUAAAUAUGUAUUAAAAUAAAAAAAAAAUCUUUAAUAAUUUAUUAUAUCUCUAUUA